AAUAACAAAUCCAUCAUCAAAUCUCAGCAAUAGUGAACUCAGAAAUAGCAGGUCUUCUUCAACUCUAGAAGUGGUGAAAGGUUUGAGGAGAGAGAAAGAAAGAAAAGGAGAAGAAAAAUGGGGGGAGGUAUGGAAGCAUCGAAGAACAAAUUCAUUGAAGAAUGGGGUUCUGCUAGAGAAAAUCUUGAGCACAAUUUCAGAUGGACUCGUCGUAAUUUUGCUCUCAUUGGUAUCUUCGGGAUUGCUCUUCCUGUUUUGGUUUACAAGGGAAUCGUCCGUGAAUUUCACAUGCAAGACGAGGAUGCUGGGAGACCAUACAGGAAAUUCAUAUGAGUAUUGCUGGUAUCUUGUGUAAUAAUGGUGUUUAAACACACAAAACAAGACUUUGUUAGGCACCAGGACAAUUGCUUUUCAACAAUGGCUAUUUCUGUCUCUUGAUUUCCCUUGUAGAUUUUAUAUUCAUCUGCUUUGAACUGAACUCUGAUCAUCGUUGGAGAUCUUAAAGGUUUUGUUGCUAUUCUUCUUACUCCUGUAAUGAAGCAUGUAAUUUUGCUCCCUAUUUGCAAAUACGCAUCCUUUCCCUUUUUGCUUAA